GACAGACUCUGUUACUCUUUGUCAGAGUGAGCAUGCAUCUCUCUUUUUCCUUUCUUCCAGAGAAAAGAGACUCUUAUUUAUAAUGAGGAACUAUCAAUUAUCUUUACUCUGUGGGCUGUAAUUUUCAGAUGGGAUUGCCAAGAGUUUAGCAUGAACUCUUUUAAGGUGAUUUGGACAGUAACAUGCCAGCAUCCUCCAUCCAUGCAGAUUCUCCAGCUCUGAUGAAAAUGGCUUGGUCCCUAGAUUUCCUUCCAUUCCACCUCCUUAUCUACCUCAUCUCUGACCAGCUGCUCAUUCCUUGCUCAGCUCAGUUUUCUGUGAUUGGACCCCCUGGGCCCAUCCUGGUCAUGGUGGGUGAAGACGCCGAGCUGCCCUGUCACCUGUCUCCGAAGAUGAGCGCGGAGACCAUGGAACUGAAGUGGGUGCGAUCCAGCCUCAGGCAAGUGGUUUUCAUGUAUGCACAUGGCAAGGAAGUGGAAGACAGACAGACGGCAGAGUACCAAGGGAGAACUGAGAUUUUAAGAGAUGGCAUCACUGCAGGGAAAGCUGUUCUCCGCAUACGCAACGUUAGAGCCUCUGACAGUGGAAACUACCUGUGCUAUUUCCAAGACGGCAACUUCUACGAGAAAGCCUUAUUGGAGCUGAAGGUUGCAGCACUGGGCUCUGAUCUUCACAUUCAAGUGAAGGGCCAUGAGGAUGGAGGGAUCCACCUGGGGUGUGAGUCCGCCAGCUGGUAUCCCCAGCCCCAGAUUCGGUGGAGAGAUGCCAAGGGCCAGAACAUGCCAGCGAUGACAGCACCUCCGGCUGCAGAUGGAGCAGGCCUGUAUGCAGUCACAUCAUCUCUAAUCGUGAAGAGCGGCUCUGGGGAAGGGGUGUCCUGUAUCAUCAGAAACCCCCUCCUCAAUCAGGAAAAGACAGCCCAGAUUUCCAUCGCAGACCCAUUCUUCAGGAGGGCCCAGAGCUGGAUCGCUGCCUUUGCAGGGACCCUGACGGUCUGUCUGCCGCUUCUCGCUGGAGCUGGUUACUUGCUGUGGCUACAGAGGAAGGAAAAAGAGGCUCUAUUCAUGGAGAAAGAAAAAGCAAUAAAGGAAAAAGAAAGAGCUUGGGCAGAAAAGGAGCAAGAACAAAGAAUAAAAGAGACGCUCCAGUAUGAGCUCAAGUGGAGAAAGGUCCAGUUCCUGGCUCGUGGGGAGAAGUCUCAAACCUAUCCAGAGUGGAAGCAGGCCCUCUUCCAAGCUGAGGAUGUGAUUUUGGAUCCCAACACAGCAAACCCCAUCCUGCUCGUGUCUGAUGACCAGAGGAGCCUGCAGCGGGCAGAGGAACGCCGAAAUCUGCCAGACAACCCCAAGCGAUUUGAUUGGCACUACUGUGUGCUUGGCUGCAAGAGCUUCACAUCAGGGAGACAUUACUGGGAGGUGGAGGUUGGGGACAGGAAAGAGUGGCAUGUAGGGGUAUGCAGGGAGGACGUAGAGAGAAAAUCCUGGAUUAAAAUGACCCCGGAGAAUGGCUUCUGGACUACGGGGCUGUCUGGUGGGAAUGACUACCGGGCUCUCACUGAGCCCCGGACCAAACUGACAGUUGCCAGCCCUCCUGAAAAAGUGGGGAUUUUCCUGGACUAUGAGACUGGUGAAGUCUCCUUCUACAACGCCGUGGAUGGAUCUCAUAUCUACACCUUCCCACACACCUCCUUUUCUGGGCCUCUGUGGCCUGUUUUCAGGAUUUUGACCUUGGAACCCACUGCCUUGACCAUUUGCCCAGUGUCAACAGGAACAGGGAGUCCUGGGGCUCCUGACCUAGUGCCUGACCUUUCCUUGGAAACCCCAGUGGUCCUGGGCUCAGCCGAUGAGAAUGGAGAGCCUCAGGCUGAAGUCACGUCCUUGCUUCUCCCUGCCCAGCCUGCAGCUGAGGGUUCUUCCCUGACAGCAGCAACAAAUCGCAACCAUAAAAUGCUAAAGGCACACACAGUGUGAAGCACUCUACUAAUAUUCAUACAGUUAUUUAUUCCAUAUGGACAGUUAAGUUUGAUACUGCUUUAUUGUCUCACUUCCUAGAGGUCACUUAGCUAGUAAACUGAUGGCUGGCCAUUGAAUAAUAAAACAUUUACAGAUGAUUUACAGUGUA